AUGAACAGUAAACUUACUCUUCAGACUCUCGCUGUUGAUCUCAUUAACCCCUCGCACGAGCAGCAGAUGCGCUGCCACAAGCUGAAGCGUCUGGUCCAGAGCCCGAACUCGUUCUUCAUGGACGUGAAGUGCCCGGGCUGCUUCGCCAUCACCACCGUGUUCUCGCAUGCCCAGUCGGUGGUCCUGUGCGGCAGCUGCUCGCAGGUCCUAAGCCAGCCGACCGGUGGUAAGGCCCGUCUCGCUGUCGGCUGCUCGUUCCGUCGCAAGGCGUAA